AUGUCUCCAUCGUUUAACAACGCAAUUUCAUCAUCCUCCGGUCAGUCUUACCUACUCGCUCGCGCAGCCGCCGGAGCAAACAACUUUAACCGUGCAGCAACGGCGCCGAUGACGAGGAUUCAACAGCACAACUACGUUGCUCCACCACCACCACCACCCAAGAAACGAAGAAACCAACCCGGAUACCCAAGUCCAGAUGCUGAAGUGAUAGCGUUAUCUCCAAGGACGAUAAUGGCGACGAACAGGUUCCUAUGUGAAGUAUGCCACAAAGGUUUUCAAAGAGAACAGAAUCUGCAGCUUCACCGUAGAGGACACAACCUUCCAUGGAAGCUUAAACAAAAGUCUAACAACGAAGUGAGGAGGAAAGUGUAUACUUGUCCAGAGCCCUCGUGCGUCCACCAUGAUCCGAAACGUGCUCUUGGAGACCUCACCGGAAUCAAGAAGCAUUAUUACCGGAAGCACUGUGAGAAGACGUUCAAAUGCGAGAAAUGCCCUAAGUUCUACGCUGUUGAAUCUGAUCAGAAGGCGCACACUAAGAUCUGUGGUACUAAAGAGUAUCCAUGUGACUGUGGUACCAUCUUCUCUAGAAGAGACAGUUACACGUCGCACAAGCCCUUUUGUGAUGCAUUAACCCAGGAGUCAGCAAGAAGUCCUACCGUGAGCUUCACGGCAACGGCAGCAGCUGCUGGCGAUGGCGGCAGGCAUGGCUUUUACGGUGGCGCUGCUUCUGCUCUCUCUCACAACUAUUUCGGUAGUAGCAAUGCGAAUUCCGGUUUUACCCCUCUAGCUGCGGCUGGUUACAAUCUGAACAAUUCGUCUUCCGACAAGUUUGAAGACUUCGUUCCUCAGUCCAGAAACCCUGGUCCCGGUCUUACCAAUUUAUUCAUGCAAUUCUCUCCGGACCAAGGAAUUUUGGCUCAGAACGGUCAGAGUCUCAUGAACCAGCACAGUCUGAUCAACCAUCUCGGUGAUAACAUCAACAGCAACAACUUGUUCAACCUCGGGUACUUUCAAGACAACUCUAAGAACUCUGGUCACACAAGUGUUCCUUCUCUGUUCACCAAUGGUGCUGCUGCUGAUAACAACAAUCCUUCUGCCUUGCUUAGAGGGUUAACUCCUUCAUCUUCUUCAAGUAUGGUCAUUAAUGACUAUGGAGAUAGUGACAAUGGAAACCUUCAAGAUCUGAUGAACUCUCUAGCUGCGACACCAGAUCAUCAAGCCCGGUCUAGCAGCCUUUACGACCCUUAUUUCGGUGACGAUCUUAGCAUGGGAGGCUCUGACAGGUUGACUUUGGACUUUCUUGGCGUUAAUGGAGGAGGCAUUGUGAACAAUGGCAAUGAUGGUGGUGGAGCUCCGCCUUUGGAUGCUGAGAUGAAUUUUGCAUCUCAUCCAAAUCAUCCAUUUGGGAAAGCUUGA